UUAAACAAAGUCAAUGCAUUCACUAAAAGCCCUUAGUCAUUGGCGUAUUUUAGAGAUCAGCAUAUUCCUAUUAACAAUCAAGUCUAGAUUUAUACCUCCAUACACUUAAAUACAUCAGGUGGUCUACUUAACCUAAUAUAACUGGUCAAAGCAUGUACAUAUUGGAAAUUGGAUAUUUGAGUAAAAGUUUAUAUUGUAAGAGUGUACACACAACUAUGCAUGCACUGCAGUUAAUAAUAGAGCAUGAAUGAAAAGCUUUUGCAGGUUGAUGUGCCAAAAAAAUAUUCACAUAUACUACCUCGAGGAUGUAAAUUUGGUGACAUUAGUCAUUUAACCAACAAAACAUCAGGCUAGCCGGUACACUUGACAGUUAAAAGUAUGAAAACAUGGGAAGUCGCAGACUACUCAGUACUUUGUGAAAAAUCAAGUUAGGUGAGAUUUACUAGAGGGGACCAGUGGAUGACUCACAGCCAUUAUCACGACUCACAGCCAAUAUCACGACAAUCUUCACUUCAUCAGAUCACAUCAAAUUACUAACUUCUUAUUAGUAACAAUAAUACAAAUUAAGGGAUAACUAGAGACAAUUAUGGACAUGCUAUACAUAAGGUUUCAGCUGUAAUGACAAAAAAAGUUUAAUAACUAACGUAUUCUUCAGACUGCAACUUCAGUUCAGACAUAGCUGAUAUUUUUACCAUCUCAGAUCAGAUAAGUGAAGCCAGUAAACAAAAAAAGAUUUUCAUUGUUCUUUUGUGAAAUUAAAGUACAUAUUUCAUACUAAGUUACAAACAUAGGAAGGAAGACAACUUACUGACAAUUAUAUUGCUACAGAGUUCUUUUCUCACAAAAUGACUGAUUUAUCAUUGUUGAUCACAGGGCUGUGUGCAUGUUUGUGUAUGGGAGGUGCCAGUGUCCAAGCCUGUAGUGAAGUUGACCAGUUUAAUCUUUUGGUCUGUAUGAAUGAUGAAAUGGGAACUGAACAUGUGACAAUUCUAUUGGCAGAGCUGCAGAGCAUUCAGUCUGCAGAUAGUUCUGACAUAGUGGGGGCAUUGCUUGCCAAUUUAGAGUUUAAAGACUUGGAGAAAGUAACAGGAGCUGUUUGCAAAUUCAUAGAAAAAUAUGAUGCAAUUAAGCAGUGCACUGAUGAAAAGAUCCAGGCUGACUGUUCUCAGAAUUCUUACUUCAUGAUGAUGAACCAGGGAUAUGACAUCUUAAUUCAAGAAAAUAUAACAUUACUUUGUGAGCCAAGAUGCCUUGUAUUACCAGCUUGUGUAAAUGCAAUAAAUAAAACCUUGAUAAGUGACAUUUUACCAGCAAAUGAAGCAAAGACCCAGGGAAGUCCAUAUGAUGCUGACAAACUACAAAGGGACUGUGAUUCGUUGAAGGAGAACCUGAUAUGUGCGCUGCCUCUAUUAAAUGUAUGUCCUGGAUAUAUUGCUGCAUAUGACAUGUUAAACCCAUACUUAGACUCCAUUGAGAAGGAUAUAUGCAAGUUUAAUGUCAUUGAAAGGCUGGCUACUGAAAUGAAGUUAGAUUGAUACUGGUGACAUCUAUAACUCUUUGUAUGAGUUAUAAACACACUAUUCCAUGACACAUUUUUCAAUGGACCCUCUUCAAAAAGGCUAUGUGGCCUCAACCACAGUCUACCAUCACAAACUUUUGACACAUGUCCUGUUUGAGGUUAUCUAGUUCCAUCUGAAGAAGUUGAUGGUGAAGGAAAGGGGACAGAGGAGAAGGAGGAUGGAAACACCCCAGAUGGUGGUAACAAUGCAGCAAGCUCAACUACAACUUCAACAAGAACAACAAUUACAACAAACAGUGCAAAUGAUAAUGGAAAUCAGACGAGUGGAGCAGAUUGCAAACUAUAUGACAUCAUGUCACUGCUGACUGCUUACAUCUUGUUAUUCACUACUUUUCUAUAAUAUGGUUGAUAACAAAUGGACAGGUCAUAGAUUAUUUAUAAUUUCCUGUUUUGGAUAAUUCAGUGGGUCAUGCAGGGGAUGAAUUGUUUGUAAGCCUUUAAAUAUUGCUCCAAUAAAAAUAUUUUUCUAAGUAGCAUUGUGUUCUUAGAUUAUGAAAGAUUCAAUAUCAAGUUAUUCUUGGUUAAUGCAGACCAGUGGCAGUUACCAUGGUUAAGUAUCUCAAGGAAUGCUUUAAAGGGACAUUCCUUGCCAGACCAUUUCUCACCUGAU